AUGACGAAAGACUGUUUAAUAACGGGAUGUAAAAAACAAGCAGCAACCUAUUGUUACCAUUGUUCACAAGAUUUGUGCACUACUCACUCUACUGAGCAUAAAGAAUGGAUACAAGAUCAACUUUUACCAAUUAUUAAUGAUGCGAAUACAAUGCACGAUCACUUUCAUCACUGUGAUAAAGAUCAAACAAUGGCUACGCUUCAGUGUCUAACAGAUGUACGUGAACAACUCGAUCAAUGGCGUUCUGAUUGUUAUCAUCACAUUGAUAGUGUUUACGAUCAAGCUCAAAGGCAACUAGCUCUUAUUUUAGAAAAACAUAAUGCAGAAUUAACUAAAAAAACAACGCAAAAUGUUGAAUCACUCAAAACUAUACGUCGUGAACUUGGAGAAUUACUGAGCGAAGGUAAUAUAGCAUAUAGACAGAUAGAUAAACUGAAAAAACAGAUCAAUGAAAUAAAAAGAAAUGAACAAGAACGAAUAAAUGAUCCAGAUAUUCGUAUCAUCACUCAAAAACUUGAUGUUGAAAAACAUGUCGAUAUUAUUUGGAAUGUUAAACCAGUGGAGGAAGAGCUACCAAAACAAAGAACUACAAAAACAGCAUCAUCCUGCAUACAUCAUUUUCGAUCAUAUUCAUCUACAGAUUCGGAUGAAGAAAACCGAAAACAACGAACCACGAAGAAACCAUACACUAACAAAAAACCGAUUCGCCCAUCUAUGUCUACAUCUCAAAAAUCAAUCGAUAAAUGUCGUAUAUGUUUUAUGACAUUUCCUAAACGUAUGACUCAAAAUGAUCGAAUAAAACAUCUCCUAAUAGUGAUGUCUGAACAAGCUAUUCGAAUCGCUUCUUGUUGUUUGCACGAUCCUGAACACGUUUUUAUACAAGUCGCUCAAACAGAACAUCGUUUAAAAUUAGCUCAAAUAUGGUCGAUACAACCUGGAUCAAAUGUGCUCGAGAUUGGUUGUGGUCAAGGUGACUGCACAGCAGUGCUUGCCUCCCUAGUAGGAUCAUUAGGUCAUGUCACUGGAAUUGAUCCUGGAGAUCUGUCUUAUGGAGCACCUUAUACUCUUGGACAAGCUCAAGAACAUCUAAAGAAUUCGCAACUAGGAGCACAAAUUACAUUUAAACAGACUGAAGUUCAACAAUUUCUUUCUGAUAAUCUAUCAAUGAAAUAUGAUGUUGCUGUACUAGCGCACUCCAUCUGGUAUUUCGCUUCUCCAGAUAUACUACAAGAUAUCUUACAGGCACUCAAAGGACGUGUUCAACGUGUAUGUAUAGCUGAAUAUGCACUUUCGACAACUUCGAACAAUGCUUUUCCACAUAUUCUCUCUGUGUUGGCUCAAAAUACACUUUUUCUGAGAGACCCGACUUGGACAACGAAUAUUCGAACACUUCUUUCUCCAAUAGCAAUUAGCGAAAUAAUCAAAAAGAUCGGAUUUCAUUUAGUAACCUCGACCAUCCUUACUCCUGCAGAAGAUUUACUCGAUGGAGAAUGGGAAACAAAUAUUGUCUUGAGUAACGAUUUCCUGCAAGCAGUCAAUCAAAAAGUAGUUCAUAUCAAUGAGCAGGUGACUGUCUGUGCUAUAAGAGAUGCAAUGAUAUCAGCCAUAGAAACACUAAAGCUACAAAAUAAAAAAAUUAGCACGAUGGAUGUAUGGACAGCAGUCUUUUCUGUAACAGUAUAA